AUGAGUCUGUCAGCGCAUCCAGUCCAUCGGAGGCUUACUGACUUUGUCAAGGCAACCAUUGAAGCGACAAACCGACGAGUGGGAAUAAAGGCGCGUGAUGUCCGUGGCAUCGUUCAAGAAAAGCAUCUCGAAACGCACCACCAUAUCAACGAUGAGGUGCUGACCUCUCGAACAUAUUCGGGCCCUGGUUCAGAGUAUCUGGGAGAGCUUCGCUCGGUGAUUUCCGAGUCGGGACUCAAGCUCGUUUCCAAAGAACAUCGACGGGCCUUGAGAUCGAUACCAAGCAGGACACGUCCUUGGCCGAAGCCGAUCGGGGAUUGCAACGAGGAAUGUUCCGUCUCGUGGCAGCUUGGGGUCCCUUGCUGCCAUACAAUCUACAACAAAUUAGAAACGGGCACGUCCUUGACGAAAUGGGACGUCCACCCUCGGUGGCACCUUCGGGAGCCAACUUCGCACAAUCCCUACAGCCGAAUUCUCGACCCUAAGAUCGCAGCAUGUCUCCGAGGCCGACCGAAGCAUGCGACACAGCGAGUCCCUGAGAGCAUGAAGGUUGGGCCAUCAACCCGUAGUCGAGCAGCAGUGGGCAGGACUAAGCCGAGCAGGAAGCCCACGCGCAAGUCAGCCGCCCUUGGGCCGGGAAAGCAGACAGGCGUGCGACAAGCUGGCCGUAGGAGGCAACCUAACUUGCGGCGGCGACGGUCAGAAUGGGAGACCAUCUGUGAUGAAGAGAAGCAAAAAGUUCCGCCGAAGCGGAGACGGCAAAGCUCCCGUAAGCCGCCUACCACUUCUACCACUGCAGCGGCUUCUGUCUUGUCAAGUUGUGUUAGCGGGGAAAACGGGAAGGAUUGUAUCCAUGUGCGACUGUAA